AUGACAUCAUCCCACAGAUCCGGUAGAGAAGACCAUCGCAUGGAAGUGAGAAAUGCUGAGCAUGUCAAUGGUGAGAUGGAGGUGCGUGCAAAUACAAGGCAAAGUAAUGUUAGCGAUAAAAUGACAAGUAAUAGUAAUUUGAAUAAUGAUGAUCGAAAAAUAAUUGAAGAUGGUUUCCCGUUGCUUCUUGAAACAUCGCGUACUGAGUGUACAGAGGGUGAAAAUAAAAACUUAACCACAGCUGUUAAUCUCCUCAAUGGAAAAUGUUCACCAAGGGACAAUGUAGAAGGAUGUCUGCUUCAGAUAAAAAAUCAAUCAAAUUCAAAUAUAAAUCAAAAUGGUCAUACUGGUAACAAUGAUAUCAUGGAGAAAUAUCUCAGACUGAGUUUAGACAACCAAUCGAAAUCGCCUAUACCUGAACAAAAUAAUGGCACAGUACAAUCAAAGUUGACAAAUGGAUUUCAUUCAGUCAGUCCAAAAAGCAAUAUACGCUCAUGGUUUGAAAAUAAUCAUAAUUUUAGUUCCAGUGAAUCAGACAUAAGUUUGAACAAAACCCGAAAUGGACAUUUCACCCCACUUGAAAGUUUAAACAAUCAUGAGAAAAUUCAAAAUGGUGAUGAAGUCGACAGUGGUUCAGAUUACAUUUGGUGA